UACGUGUACUUAUAUAAAUAUAUAUAAAUAUCUCCACCACAUCAGGUCCCCUUGACUGUCUCCUUCACAGUGGGCUUCGCAGGCAGACAGACACACAGCUGACUUUCCACCGAGCUGGCCGCUUGUCCUUGCACUACGGGGGAUAAACAGGGACCUUGCAAUGAUCUCUCUGGACUUCAAUUUCAACAUUUUGACCAGGGAUCUGUCACAUUAUCUGGAAAAUCAGGUGAAAGUUGGUCUGUUCGGAUCGGGAGUCGGACUGUCUCUGGUGCUGGGCUUUAGCGCAGCGUACACCUGCUACUAUCUGCUCUCAGUAGCCAAGAAGCCACAGCUCAUCUCGGGGGGUAAGAAGUUCUACCACUUCCUGAGGGAGCAAUGUCCCGUAGUGUCAGAAACCUACUACCCCACCUUUUGGUGCUGGGAGAGCCGCAUCCAGACUCUGCUGAGACCCUUUGUAACAGCCAAACCGGGGGUCGUCUACAGAAAUGAGCUCAUAAAGGCAGCAGAUGGAGGACAGAUCUCUUUGGAUUGGUUCGACAACGACGACAGCCUCUCUCAUCCCGACCCCGCCACCAGGCCCACAGUCCUCCUCCUCCCGGGUCUGACCGGCACCAGCCGAGAGUCCUACAUCCUGCACAUGGUCCAGCAGAGCCGUGAUCUGGGCUAUAGAUGUGUGGUAUUCAACAACAGAGGGGUUUCCGGUGAAACGCUGCUGACCCCGAGGACCUACUGUGCAGCCAACACAGAGGAUCUGGAGACUGUUAUUGAGCACAUCCAGAGGACUAAUGAAGCUGCUCCAAUCAUGGCUGCUGGAGUAUCAAUGGGCGGGAUGAUGCUGGCCAACUACUUGGGGCGCAAAGGCCGGGAGACCUGUCUGAGAGGGGUCGUCGUCUUCUCAGCAGGCUGGGAUGUGUUCGAGUGCACCGCUUCGCUGGAAAAACCCCUGGACCGCUUCCUCUUCAACUCCUACCUCACCAGCUGCCUACAAGCGUCUGUGCACAGACACAGACCAGUGCUGGAAAAGUGUUACGACAUCGAUCAUGUCAUGAAGGCAAAGACCAUUCGAGAGUUUGACGAGAGGUUCACUUCCAUAAUGUUUGGUUAUCCCACCAAUGACGACUACUACCAUGAUGCCAGUCCUGUCCACAGGCUGAAAUCUGUGCAGGUGCCAAUGCUGUGUCUGAACGCUGCUGAUGAUGUCUUUUCCCCGUCUCACGCCAUUCCAGUGGAGGCAGUGAAGAAGAAUCCCAACCUGGCCCUGCUCAUUACCUGUCACGGCGGCCAUAUCGGUUUCCUGGAGGGCCUGUGGCCUCGACGGAGCACGUACAUGGACCGAGUCUUCAAGCAGUUUGCUAAGGCCGUCAUCGAACAAGGCAGCGGACUCCAAGACCUCUCAUUAUAAGAGAACUUAACAAAGUUUGACUUCCUCUCUCGUAUGCCUUUCUUCUUUCUUUCCUUCCUUCCUUUAAUCGUUUCUUUCAUCCAUCUUUCCUUGCUGCAUUCCAUCCUUUAUUCCUUCCAUAUCUCAGUCAAUUCUUACUUGUUUUUCUUCCUACCUUCCUUCCUUUGACCUUUUUCCCUCUUUUACUCCUGCCCUUCAUCCCACCUUCUCUGCAUUCCAUCCAUCCUUCAUUCCUUCCCUCUCUACCUAACCCUAUUCUACCUACUUCCUUCCUUCCAUUGACCUUCUUUUAUCGUUGCCCUCCAUCCCUCCGUCCCAUUCUUCCUCCCGCCACAAGCAAAAAAAAAACAUUCUCUCUCAUUUUGAAGGGCACAUCUUAUUGAUCGCAGCAUUUGUGUCGCAUUCAUUUAUUUAUUCCACGCAGCUAACAAGUCAUUGUAUAUAAUCACGCUGUCAGUGGUAUGUUUAUUAAAAAAAGAAGCAUAGCUGCUCAUGUCACCGUUGAAAAGAUGAACGCAUCUCAGUCAGUUGCAUUAGCUAGCUAACAAAUUCUGCGAUUACAUUGUGCAAUCGUUUUCUUUUGAAGUUAACACAAGUACUGUACAUGGAAAUCCAAUCAUCUUGAACCUUUAGUACUUAUAUCAGUAGGAUUUUAGCCCUCAGGGAUUUUCUUUAUGUACUCAUACUUCCUGUGUAAAUUUGUUUUGUCAAUCAUUCUCCUUUAGUUUGUAUUUUCCUUGUUUAAAGGUAGAUGUUAUUUACCAGUUGACAUACGGUUCUUUCUUUUCUUUAAGGUAAUAGUUUGAUAUUUUGGGAUAUACGCUUAUUUGCGUUCUUGCGGAGAGUUAAAUGCGAAGAUUGAUACCACUUUCAUGUCUAAGCUAGCCGAUUAGCUUAGCUUAGCAUAAAGACUGGAAGCAGGUGACAAAAUCCACCUACGAGCAGACUGAUUUUUUUUACUAUUGGUUUCCCACU